GGCGUCUGUGGCGUCUCUUCUAUAUAUUUUAUUUAAUAAUAUUCGUCAAACCAUACUGGUAAAACUUUACUUCUCUAUCUUUCUAUACUGGAACUAGUUUGUUUACACUUCAAGAUGAUAUACCAAAAUUAUACAACGAUGGUCUAUGAAUUUUCCUCUAUUGAACUAAGAAGUCUGUGAAUUUUCUACAUAAAACUGAUACAAGUAUAAGACAAACUCUAUGCAAAGUGAGAAGAGUUUAAGAAACACUUGUUUCCGAGAAGAAGAUAAACAACCUUCUGAAUCUAGUUGGAAGAAGUUUGAAAAUGUUUUCAAUUACGAACUAUUACCGUAUGAAACCACCACUCAAGGUAGCAAAAAGACAUCACAAUUUUUAUUGGAAGUUGUCGACAUUCUACUAGAUUAUAUUAAAAAGAAUAAUGAUAGGAGCUAUAAAGUUCUUGAUUUUCAUCAUCCCCAUUCACUUAGAAACGCUCUGGGACCUUGUCUAAAUUUGGACGAUGAUCCGAAAGAUUUAGAACAGAUUCUUAUUGAUUGUAAGGAAACUUUAAAAUUUUGUGUUAAAACCGGACACCCUAGGUUUUUUAACCAAUUAUCAACUGGACUAGAUCUCAUUGCCCUUGCUGGCGAGUGGUUAACUGCUGCUGCAAAUACAAAUAUGUUUACCUAUGAAAUUGCACCUGUUUUCACGCUGAUGGAGGAUAUUGUAUUAGCUAAAAUGAGAGAUAUAAUCGGUUGGCCCGACAAUAAUUGCGAUGGAGUAUUUGCUCCAGGUGGCGCAAUAUCGAACCUAUACGCUGUUCUUGCAGCGAGAUAUCGAAUAUGUCCCGAAAUAAAGGAGCAUGGAAUGGAAGUUUCACCGAAGCUUGUAAUGUUUACAUCCGAAUACAGUCAUUUCUCCAUCAAGAGAUCGGCUGCAAUUCUCGGUAUAGGAACCAAUAACUGUAUAGGAAUUAAAACCGACUCAAAAGGUAAAAUGAUGGUAAAAGACUUGGAAAAACAAAUAGAGAAAACAUUGGCUUCUGGUGCGAUUCCUUUCUUCGUCUCUGCAACAGGUGGUACUACUGUUCUUGGAUCAUUUGAUCCAAUAUGGGAAAUAUCUGAUAUAGCAAUUAAAUAUGGCUUAUGGCUGCACGUGGACUGUGCGUGGGGAGGAGGUGCACUUCUUUCUAAAAGUCAUAGAAAACUUUUGAAUGGAAUAGACAGAGCAGAUUCCGUUACUUGGAAUCCUCACAAGUUAAUGGGUGCUACUUUACAAUGUUCAGCUGUUUUGAUGAAAGAAAAAGGUAUCUUGGAAAAAUGCAAUUCGUUAAGGGCAAAAUACUUAUUCCAACAAGACAAACAUUACGAUAUUACUUACGACAAGGGCGAUAAGGCUAUACAGUGUGGACGACAUAACGAUAUUUUUAAACUGUGGCUUAUGUGGAGGGCAAAAGGUGAUAGUGGAUUAGAAUCCCAAAUCGAUAAACUUAUGGAUCUUUCUCUAUAUCUACAAAAGAAAUUAAGGGACAAAGAAGGAUUUCAGUUUGUAAUCAAUGAGCCUGAAUUUUUAAAUGUUUGCUUCUGGUAUGUACCUAAAAAUGUACGUUACAUAGAAAAAGGUUGCAGGAGAGAUGCUUUAUUAGACAAAGUGGCGCCAAAGAUUAAGUCGAUGAUGAUGGAAACGGGAACUACCAUGGUCGGUUAUCAGCCUUUGGGAGAUCUUCCUAAUUUCUUUAGGAUGAUCGUAUCGAAUCCAGCCACCAUUCCAGACGACAUCGAUUUCCUUUUAGAAGAGAUUGAACGUCUGGGAGAAGACCUGUAGAUAAAAGAGAGGCAGAAAACUGUAGUUAUUCCCUCGUUCUUUCCUUUUUUCUGUCUGUUUGUCUGUUUCUCUAGCACUUUCUCUCUUUUUCAUAUAUGCCCUAUCUAUUUAUCACUCUUUUUCAUCUAUCUAUCAAUCUAUCUCUUAAUCCCCGUUUUUUAUAUAAAAAUAUUGUAACCUUAUUUCUGGAGAAAACAACCUGUUACGAGUUUAUUUUUGAGAAUAGCACUUGAAUUCUUCCGAAACAAUCGUGUAAUUCGGCAAUAAUAAUAUUCUAUAAAUCUACCAAAGUGUUCUGUAUCGUUGCAUUCUAAUGUAGUCUUUUAAAGUAAUACGCUAUUUACCAUAUGCAUGAUAAACAUGUACAGUGGUAGUGUUCAAUUUGCCUUAGAGUAGAUAUGUAGCUUACAUUGUAUCUUAUUUUUACAUUUAUCUAUCUAUGCUGUAUAUAGUAUAUACUAUAUAUUUGUAUAUAUAUUGUUUAUAAAGCGUUUCGUCUAUGUUGUAUAUGUAUAAAGAUGCGAGAACGAUGAUGAAAAAAACUUAUUAUAAUUUCCUUUAAUAAAAAUAUUAGCAAUAUUACAAAA